ACAGACAGAGAUGCUGUCCAACACCGGGCACUCUCCCAGCUUCUGCAGAAGGACAACGGGCACAGUCAAGAUGCGGGCUCUGCUGCUGACCCUCUUAUUCGGUCUGGUUUGUGCAAACCACGAACCUGCAUCUGAGGACGAUUACCCGUCAGUAGCCAGGAUCCAGUCAUCUGGGUGGAAGUCUUCAUAUUGUAUUCCAGGGGAUUGGUACAGUGUGCUAAAAGCAGCGAACGACACUAAGAAGAUCACAGAAAAUGGCGAACUGAGCUUUUACAUCCGUCGGCUUCGAUGCAGCGAGGGUUGUGAAAAACUCAACAUUGAUUUCUAUACCAAGGUGAAUGGGAUCUGCCAAACUCAUUCAAUUGAGUCAACGAAAAGAGAAAAUGACACAUACGAGGUAGACUUCAAGGGUAAAAUUUCUUUGAAGUUUACUGUUACAUCAAGAGGCAUCUUGCUGAUUUAUGCAGAACACACUGACGCACACGGCAAAAAGACAGUUGUGACUGAACUCCUUGCCAAAGUACCUCAAGUCAAGAAAAGGGAGUAUGACAACUUCAAAAACUUCAGUCAGAAAAAGGGUAUUACAGAAGAAAAGAUAGAAGAUGUCACCGUAACAGACACCUGUCCUCUGAUCUUCCAUUAGUGGAUAAUGACACCGAGGAUAUAAGCAUCAUUGUCCCAAUGAGCAGACUCACCACCAUGAAGAGAAAAUCACCUUUCCUUUCAAGCCAUAAUUUCUUCUUUCCUAGGAAGCCAUGACCUUGGCCUCAACGUUUUCCCCACAGUCACCUUCUAUAAUCAAUCUGAUGUUACUGGAUUCCCAAGUGAUUGAAUAAAUUGAUUUAUAUACAUUCA